AUGAGUCUUACCCCGCUGCACCAUGCCCUGCGUAGAGCCUUCCAGUCCGUGGAAAGGAACCAGAGGAUGUGGCGGUCGCUGCUGGAGGACUGUGAGCCUCUGGUAGUGUCUCUGGGGAAUGUGGGAGAGCAGUUUGUGGCUCUGUCUAAAGUGGAUCUGUCUCGGACACCGCUCAUUGGACUCCCGGGUCUGGAGCCGAAACUACGGUUCAAGCUCCACCACGCGGCGGACACUGUGAUGGGGAAACUUCAAGAGAAACUCCUGGCUCUUCAGUCUGUUCGGGAUGAGGUCAGCUCCCAGGUGGCUUCAGUGUUCCAGAUCCUGGACCAGGUCUUGGUCUCGGAGCAGGUUUCAGCUCUAACCGAGCGCUCUGCUGGAGCUCCAUCUGUGGCCGACAUGUUGGCGUGGCUCCAGGAUGCAGCCCGACACUACAGACAACAGUUCAUAAAGAGAAAGGCUCUGCUGCUGACUCUGAGACCAGAGGGUUUCUCUCAGAUGGAAUCAGCUCCAGAGAAUUGGAGGUCACUGACGUCUGUGAACACAGAGGACACCAUACACGACAUGUUGUGGAGAGUGUCCUUCUUCUUGGAGCCGCAGUGA